CAAAUAGAUUCGGUCAUUGCCACAUCCAACGACAAUGCCAACAGUCCUCAUCGUCGGUGCCACCCGCGGUCUUGGCGACGCGCUCGCGUCUGCGUACUCCGAUGCAGGACACACCGUCUAUGCCACGUCGCGUUCCGACACCCCACCAACCACUGGAGCUUCGGAUGUGACAUGGAUCCCCUCAAUCGACAUCGCCUCUGAAUCUGCCGGCGAAGCGCUUGCCGCAGCGAUUCCCGUGCACGACGUGAUCGAUAUCCUCGUGGUGACUGCGGGGUACUUCGUUAGCGAGACCUUCGACGAACCCAAAUGGAGUGAGGAAGUCAAGAUGUAUACGACGUGCGCGAUCGGGCCGCUCUUCGUUGUACAAGGACUCGUCGCCGCAGGCAAGAUCCGAACCGCGAUUGGCUCUGCAGACAAAGGAGGGAAGGUCGUCCUGGUCAGCUCCGAGUCGGGAUCGAUUGCACUACGACACGAGAAGGAGGGCGGUGGGAAUUACGCGCACCACGCCAGCAAAUCUGCCUUGAACAUGGUGGGAAAACUCCUCAGUCUUGACUUGAAGGAUCGGGGAUUUCCGUUGCGCUUGUUCACGUGCGUCAUUUCUGCAUGCACACGCAUUUAUUGCUUAAUUUCUGCACUUACUGACCCACAGCCUGGGUUCAUGCGCACCGAAUUAACACGCAACGUGGGAUAUGAUCAGUACUGGGAGUCUGGCGGUGCUGUAUCGCCACAAGAGGCAGCAUCCUCACUGAUCUCCUUCAUCGACACAUUCACUAUCGAGCAAACAGGCGAGUAUUGGGCUCCCCGGGGUGCAAGGGAUAUUGGGACGGCACCCGAUGUACUUGGCCCCGAUGUCGCUGCCAAUGAGCCACUGCAGCUGCCGUGGUGAUAGCACGGAUUUGUCUUCCGCCUGCAUACAUAUCCAUUUCCCAGUGUGUACAAGUAUCUUUUUCACUUAUUUGAAAUGCAAUCCUAUAUCUAUCAACUUCAAG